AUGGUCGACUUUGACGCUCUGCCUGAUUUCGAUGCCCUCCCAUCCGUGGAGGGCAUGCCUCCAGGGUGUGCGUGGGGAAUUUUUGACCAGGACGGGAAGAAAGAUUAUCUCGGUUGUUUCAACCUGCUGACGCCCAAAGUGAAGAAAGAGGCAUUAAAAGAAGCCCGCGAUGGCGUCUCGAUCUCGUUGAACUGGCCGCUCAAUGCCAUCGCAGCCCCUGGGUUCGGCCGUCGACCAACCGAACACACGAUAGUGGAUGCUAUGGAAGGGCCGUUCAAAACCCACGGAUUCGAUGAUGAGCUGGCGUUCAAUACUCAGUGCUCAAGCCAGUGGGAUAGUUUGGUUCACUGGGGCCAUCAGCCUACCGGAUUGUUCUAUAACGGAUCGACUCCAAGCAAGGCGAACUUGAACCAGCCCACUGGUGUAGCAGACAAGAGUAUACCCACGUUGAAUCACUGGCAUGAACACGGUUGUAUGGUGGGCAGAGGGGUGUUGUUGGACUACAAGGCAUACGCACAGUCGAAAGGCAUCGCGUACAACUGCUUUGAUUCAUACGCCAUCACGGUAGCGGAUCUGGAAGCCGUGGCGGCUUAUCAAAACACUUCAUUCAAGUAUGGGGACAUCCUAAUUGUCCGGACGGGCUUCACCGACGAGCUGCAAGCCGCUGGCAGCGCAGAGAAGCAAGCCGCUCUGCUGGGGUCUCACAAGGCUGCGGGUGUUGCAGGCAACAUAGAGAUGGCGCGAUGGAUGUGGAAUCAUCACUUCUCUGCUGUGGCCGGCGAUGCCAUUGCCUUCGAAAGUUUCCCACCAACGGUCGAGGAAGACGGUCGUGUUCGCCAGGGAACGAUGCCGGAAAUGGUUUUGCACAAGUACCUGAUCACUUUCUUCGGCAUGUAUAUCGGCGAGCUCUGGGAUCUCAAAGCAUUGGGAGAGUUUAUGGAACCGCACCUGUCCCCGUUGCUGCCUUCCUCUCUAUACUACGCAACAUCAUCACCCAUUGUUGCCUUUGCCGACGUCAAUCCGGACGACAUCGCCCGUGAGAGAGAGCUCACGAUGGAAAAUUACACGAGCUACAACGCUCGAACUAUCCUGUUCGCCGCAACCGGCUCGUUGUUUGCCGGUUUCGCCCUGGCCGUCAUCACAACCACUCUGGGUCAACCAACCUUCUAUGAGUCUCUGUCCCUGGAGGCCGACCCUACAGCUCCGGGCUAUUCUCACACCAACACGAUCAUCGGGGCGGUCAAUGGAGUGUUCUUCGCCGGAGGCUUCUUUGGCACUUUGUUCUCCGGAUGGACAGCCGACAGAUUUGGUCGCCUGAAUGGGUUUCGCAUCGCGGGUGUAAUGGGGGUGGUCGGAGCGGCCAUUCAGACCGGAUCAGUCAAUGUCCCAAUGCCCACGGCUGUACCGAGAUUGAUACUUCAUGUCCCUAACGUUACGGGACCCGUUGCAAAGUACCUUGUAGCACGGGUCAUCACAGGUCUCGCCGCUGGCAACACACUUGCUGCAAUGCCGACAUACUACGCCGAAGUGUCGCCGCCGCACUCUCGCGGCAUGAUGACUGGUGCCCAUGGAAGCUUUGUGAAUGCUGGCUACUUUUUGGCCGGCUGGAUAGGGUUCGGCUGCUUCCAUGCCCCAAGCACCACCUUUUCGUGGAGAUUCCCAAAUGCCGUCCUUUGUCUACUUGGCCUUGUUCUCAUCACCGGUACUUUCUUUAUUCCAGAAAGCCCUCGAUGGCUUUUACAGCGCGGUCGACGCGACGAAGCCUUCAAGACACUUUGCAAACUGCACCAUGACCCCAACGACACGGAGGAACACUUUGCCCGACGAGAACUGGCUCUCAUCGAACGUCAGCAGGCUGUUGAUGCAGCGGUCCUGGCUGAAGACGGCAAAUGGCAGCUGUUCACUGCCAAAACGUAUCGCAAGAGACUCAUUUUGGGAUUUCUCGUCAUGGCUGGUGGGCAAAACAACGGAACGUUGGUGAUCAACAACUACACUGUGUUGCUCUACCGGUCCUUAGGCCUCAACGCGGAGAUCUCUCUGAUGCUCAGCGCUAUAUACAACACACUUGCUGCGAUUGCGAACUUCGUCGGCGCCUACUAUAGCGACAAAAUGGGACGGAGAAAGGCCCUGUUGGUGGGCUUUACCCUCAACAUGUCAAUGUUCAUCAUCGCCACCGGUCUCAUUGGGAAAUACAGCUAUACUCCAUCCCAAGGCCUCGCUGCAGCUGCAGUAGUGUUCUUGUAUCUCUAUGUGAUUGCAUACGGCGGCCUGAUUGACAUCAAUCAAUUCACCGCCGUCACCGAGAUCUUCCCGUCCCACCUCCGCAGCCAGGCAACGUCUUACGCCGUCUCUGCCAUCUUCCUCAUGGACGUCCUCUGGCUCGAGCUGUCGCCGACCGCCCAGGCGACCAUCGGGUGGAAAUACUAUUUGGUCUUUGUGUGUCUGGGGAUUGCCCACACGGUGCAUAUCUAUUUCUUCCUACCAGAUGUGAGCCUCACGGACCCCCCUUCCUUGUACCCAUACGGCGCACGAUCGGCGAACGGUAUGGCGUUGGAGGAAAUCGACGCGCUUUUCGGGAAGACGGUCGCUGCACACUUGACGGACAACAACUUGGAAGAGGAGAAAACGAGCCCCGGCACUCCGCCUGCCGACCUUCUCUCCAAGGAGGGCCAGACUACUACGCAUGUCGCGACGGUCUGA